AUGAACAGCAGUACCGAUGCUGGCGGCGGUGCCAGCGGCAGUGGCAACGCACGAAGCUCCCACCGCACCCGGCGCAGUCGAGCCAACACUGCCACACGAGCGCGCAGUGGCUACUCCAGCGCGCUCGCGGGCAAGGUCCGCGAGAGCCUGAAGAAGAAGCUCGCCUUCUACACCGACAUGAUGAGCCAGCUGGACAUGCUCGUCUUUGCCGAGCUGUGCGCCUUGUACUACAUGGAUUGUUCCUUCUUUCGCUUCGUCAUCCGCGCCGCGCCGCACUCCUUUUUCCUGUCCCCGAAACCCGAAGACUUUGCCAUUCCCCUCGACGCGCGAAAACCGCAUCUCGUUGCCAUCUUUGCGCCCAACUUCUUGUGCCUGCUGGCCCACUCGUUGGGCUCGCUGCCCCGGGCCACCGAGGCCAACCGAGGCUACCUGCACGGCGGCGUCAUGAUUGACUUUGUCGGCCAAAAGGCGCCGACCUCGGCGCUCGCGCUGGUGGCGCUCGACCUCGUUGUCCUCGUGGUACAGUGCCUGAUGCUGGCGAUGCAUACGGAGCGCGAGAAGCUGCGCCGGCUGGUGUCCCCGAUCCGGUCGGUAGCGGCCAACGUAGCUACGGCGGCGGCGACGCGUGUCGGUGGACUAUCGGCGGCAGGGGGAACGGCUGCAGCAAAUGCAGCAGCAAAUGCAACGCCGGCGGCUGCGCCAACAAUACAGGAACAAGACGCUGCCGAGCGAGGCGCUGCACAACAGGCGCCAGGAGCAGAAGAUGGUGCAGGCUCAGCACCAGCUGCGUCCAACGGCAACAGCGAGCCAGACGAAGAUGAGCGGCUGCACAACAUCGACCUCGGCGGGCCCUUGGGCGCCGCCACGCCGGAGGAGGCGGUGGAGAACGCGCUUGAUUCGCUCAGCUCCGGCGGCAACAUUGGUGACUUUUACAUUAUACACGCAAUACGGCGAGCAUUGCAGGAGAAAGACAGCAGCGCCGCAGCACAGUCGCUUCAGUCGAUUGGCUAUGCGGUGACCUUGGCCCGUUUGGCGGCCGAGAGACGAACACGCGCUAGGAUGAAUGCUCAACAACGGCCACAAUAA